UUCGCGCGCGAUGCCGACAGCCGAGGAGCUUCCCGGGUUGGCUGAGGAGAACGCGGACUGGGAGCCCGGCGCCGACCCGCGGCUGCGACUCCUGGGGGCCUACGUGGCCCGGAGCCUGCGGCCGGCUGCGGGCGCCUGGGAGCGCUGCGCGGGCUCGGCCGAGGCGAGGCAACUGCUGCACGCCUUCCUGGGCCGCGGGGCCGCGGAGGGGCCGCGGCCGCUGCUGGUGGUGCGGCCCGGGCCCGGGGGCCUGGCUGUGCGCGCGGGGCUGGACGCAGGACCCGAGGCCGGCGCGCCUCGUGCUAAGGGGCUUUUUUGCCUGCGCACUAGGCCCGAGCCGCCGGGGCCCGACAGCCUCCGCGGAGCAGUGCUGUGCGGGGACCUGCCCGCCACGCCGCUGGCGCAUCUGACCGCGCUCUUCUCCGAGGUUGUCAUCCCCAUCCUGGCCAAUGAGAAGAAUCACCUAGACUGGCCCCACGUGGUUUGUCAGGAUGUCCAGCGACACGCCCACAGCCUCCAAUGUGACCUCUUGGUUCUCCUUGAGCAAGCGAAGGGGAAAACUUUGCUGCCUCUUCCAGUCGGCUCAGAAAAAAUGGGGUUUGUGGAUUCUGAAAGCGAGACCGCCUUGGAUUCUAUGGAUAAGUCAGUCAUGUAUGCCAUUGAGUCUGCAGUGAUCCAGUGGAGCCACCAAGUCCAGGUGGUGCUCAAGAGGGAGUCUUCCCAGCCUCUCCUACAGGGGGAGAAUCCCACCCCGCAGGUGGAGUUGGAGUUCUGGAAGAGCAGGUGUGAGGAUCUGGAAUACAUUUAUAAUCAACUGAGAACGAUAAAGGUGAGGGGCAUGGCGGGGCUUCUGGACAAGCUUCAGAGCAGCUACUUCCCAGCUUUCCAAGCCAUGUUCAGAGAUGUUGUAGCAGCUCUGAUGGAGGCGCGGGACAUCCACACGCACCUGGUGCCGCUGCACCGCCACCUGGAAACGCUCGAGAGCCUGGAGUUUCCUGAGGUGAAGCCACGGCUGUGGUCUCUGCUGCACGUGGUCUGCCUGAUCUGGGCCAUGUGUGAGCUGUACCGCUGCCCCGGGCGCCUGAUGGUGCUGCUGCAGGAGAUCUGCAACCUUCUGGUCCAGCAGGCCUCUAAGUAUCUCAGCCCAGAAGACCUCCUGAGAAGUGAGGUGGAAGAAAGUCAGAGAAAACUGCAAGUGGUCGUGGACACCUUGAGCUUCUUCAAGCGGGUGUUUCAGGACAGAAGGGAGAAUCUCCAUUCUUAUUUCAAAGAGAACCAGGAAGUUCGGGAGUGGGAUUUCCCGUCCUCUUUGGUCUUCGUGCGACUGGAUGGCUUCCUGGGGCGACUGGGCAUGGUGCAGGAUCUUCUGAAGACAACUUUGGAUUUCCACAAAUUGGGAAAGCUUGAGUUUAGUGGCAUCAGAGGGAGUGCCCUGAGCCAGCAGGCCCAGCGGAUGUACAGCGAGUUUCAAGAGAUGUACAGGGUCUUCUCAGAGUCUUCCUACGACUGCUUGGACCCUCAAAGCAUGGAAUUUGAAAAUGAUGUCUCUGAGUUUAAUCAGAGAGUAGAAGACCUUGACCGGAGACUGGGGACUGUCUUUGUUCAGGCCUUUGAUGAUGCCCCUGGUUUGGAGCAUGCCUUCAAGCUGCUAGACAUAGCAGGAAACCUCCUGGAGAGACCACUGGUAGCACGGGACACAUCUGAUAAAUACCUGGUGCUCAUCCGCAUGUUCAGCGAGGACCUGGAUGCCGUGAGGAGGAUCUACAGUCAGCAUGUCCAGGAGGAGGUGGAGUAUGGCUUCUCCUCCGUGCAUAAGAACAUGCCCGCUGUGGCCGGGAGGCUCCGCUGGGCGCAGGAGCUGAGGCAGCGCAUCCAGGGUCCCUUUGACAACUUCAGACGCAUGACACACCCUUGCAUGGAAUCUGCCGAAGGAAAGCGCAUGAUACAAAAAUAUGAAGAAAUGCUCUCAUUGCUGGAAAAGUAUGAGACAAGACUCUAUGAGGACUGGUGUCAAACAGUAUCAGAGAAGUCACAGUACAGCCUUUCCCGGCCACUUCUGAAACGUGAUCCAGAGACAAAGCAGAUCACUGUCAACUUUAGCCCACAACUGAUUUCCGUGCUGAAAGAAGUGAGUUAUCUUCAACCCCAGCAGAUGACGCACAUCCCUGAGACAGCAGCAGCCAUGUUCUCCUCCAGGGAAUUCUAUCGGCAGCUUGUGGCUAAAUUGGAGUUGAUGGCAAAUUGGUACAACAAGGUUAUGAAAACUCUGCUAGAGGUGGAAUUUCCAUUAGUGCAGGAAGAGCUGCAAAAUAUCGAUCUCUGCCUGAGAGCUGCAGAGGAGACUCUGAGCUGGAAAACAGAAGGCAUUUGGGAUUAUGUCAUUCAGAUCACCAAUAAUAUUCAUGAUCUUGAACAAAGAGUUCAGAAAACGAAAGACAACGUGGAAGAGAUUCAGAACAUCAUGAAAACAUGGGUGUCACCAAUGUUUAAGAGAAAAGAUGGGAAAAAGGAAUGCCUUCUCUCUAUGGAUGAUCAGCAUGAUAGAAUGGAAAAGUAUUACAGUCUUAUCAAAGAAUCUGGCCUUAAGAUUCAUGCCCUUGUGCAGGAAAACCUGGGUCUUUUCUCAGCAGACCCAACCUCCAGUAUUUGGAAGACUUACAUUAACUACAUCGAUGAUAUGUUGGUGGAUGGAUUCUUUCUUGCCAUUGAGUGCUCCCUCAAGUAUCUCCUGGAAAAUACUGAAUGUAAGGCAGGACUCACCCCGAUAUUUGAAGCACAACUGAGCUUAGCCAUCCCAGAAUUGGUUUUCUGUCCGUCUCUGGAGCCUGGAGUGAAGGGUGGCUUCUACGACAUUGUUGAGGGUCUCAUCACCAGCAUUUUUAGGAUAUCGUCCUUGGUUCCACGGCUUUCCCCUCAAAACGGCUCUCCCCACUAUCAGGUUGACUUGGAGGCCAUGCCUGAUCUGGCAGGCAUGCGGGGCGAGCUGAUGGGGCGGAUGCGGGGCAUGAUGACCCUCUGCUGCGGCUAUCGGCGCACCCUCAGCCAGUAUUCCUACCUCUACCUGGAGGACCGGAAGGAGGCCCUGAGCCAGUUUCUGCUAUAUGGGCACAUGCCCACAGCAGAGGAGAUGGAAGCCCAUGCUGAGGACGGCAUUCCAGAGAACCCGCCCCUGCUCCAUCAGUUCAAAGCGCAGAUCGACUGCUACGAAAAGCUCCAUGAAGACGUGUGCAGGCUGGAGCCCAUCCAGGUGUUUGACAGCUGGAUGAAGAUUGAUGUGCGGCCCUUUAAAACGUCUCUGCUGAAUAUAAUUAAAAAGUGGAGCCUUAUGUUCAAACAGCACCUUGUGGACUACGUCACUCACAGCUUGGCCGACCUUGAAACAUUUAUUAAAAACAGCGAGAGUGGCUUGCUCAAGAAAGUCGGAAAAGGAGAUUUCCAAGGAUUGGUUGAAAUUAUGGGACACCUUAUGGCUCUUAAAGAACGACAGAGCAGCACCGAUGAGAUGUUUGAGCCUUUAAAGCAGACUAUUGAAUUGCUGAAGACCUAUGGACAAGAAUUGCCGGAAACACUGUUCAGGCAGCUGGAGGAGCUGCCUGAGAAAUGGAACUACAUUAAAAAGAUGGCUGUUACCGUGAGGCAGCAGGUGGCCCCCCUGCAGGCAAAUGAAGUGACCCUCCUCCGCCAGAGGUGCGCGGCCUUCGAGGCAGAGCAGUGGCGGUUCUGGGAGCAAUUCCGCAGAGAAGCCCCCUUCAGGUUUGAUAGCACUGACCCUCAUCAGAUGCUGGAUGCCAGGCACGUGGAGAUCCAGCAGAUGGAAUCCACCAUGGCCUCCAUUUCUGCAUCUGCUAGCUUGUUUGAGGUCACCAUCCCUGACUAUAAGCAACUGAGGCAGUGCAGGAAGGAGGCGUGCCAGCUGAAGGAGCUCUGGGACACAAUUGGGAUGGUGACCUCCAGUAUCCAUGCCUGGGAGACCACCACGUGGAUGGAUGUCAACGUGGAGGCCAUGGACUUGGAGUGCAAAUGGUUUGCCAGGCACAUCCGGCACCUCGACAAGGAGGUCAGGGCCUGGGAUGCCUUCACAGGCCUGGAAAGCACCGUUUUGAACACCCUGACCUCCCUGAGGGCUGUGGCCGAACUGCAGAACCCGGCCAUGCGGGAGCGGCACUGGAGGCAGCUGAUGCAGGCCACGGGCGUGACCUUCACCAUGGACGAGGGCACCACCCUGGCACACCUCCUGCAGCUUCGGCUCCACCACUUUGAGGACGAGGUCCGGGCCAUCGUAGACAGAGCUGUGAAAGAGAUGGGCAUGGAGAAGGUCUUGAAGGAGCUGCAGACCACCUGGGUCCGCAUGGAAUUCCAGUACGAGCCCCACCCGCAGACCUACGUGCCUCUGCUGCGGUCCGACGAGGACCUCAUCGAGGUUCUGGAGGAUAACCAAGUCCAGCUUCAGAACCUGAUGAUGUCCAGGUACAUUGCCUUCUUCCUGGAGGAAGUAUCGGGCUGGCAGAAGAAGCUGUCCACUGCUGACGCCGUCAUCUCCCUCUGGUUUGACGUGCAGCGCACAUGGUCUCAUCUAGAAAGUAUAUUCAUCGGAUCUGAAGAUAUCCGGGCUCAGCUGCCCCAGGAUUCUAAAAGAUUUGAAGGCAUCGACACUGACUUUAAAGAGUUAGCUUAUGAUGCUCAGAAAACUCCAAACGUAGUGGAAGCCACCAACAAAUCAGGUCUUUAUGAAAAGUUGGAAGAUAUUCAGAGCAGACUGUACCUGUGUGAGAAGGCCCUGGCGGAGUACCUGGACACCAAAAGGCUUGCCUUCCCUAGGUUUUACUUUCUCUCCUCUUCUGACCUGUUAGACAUCCUUUCCAACAGCACAGACCCGCAACAGGUUCAACGCCACCUUUCCAAACUCUUUGACAAUAUGGCCAAGAUGCAGUUCCAGCUGGACGCCAGUGAGAAACCUACCAAGAUCAGUCUUGGCAUGUACAGCAAGGAAGAAGAGUAUGUGGCCUUCAGUGAGCCCUGUGACUGCAGUGGGCAGGUAGAAAUAUGGCUGAACCAUGUGCUUGCUCACAUGAAGGCCACCGUGAGGCACGAGAUGACAGAAGGCAUAACUGCCUAUGAAGAGAAGCCGAGGGAGCAGUGGCUCUUUGACUAUCCAGCUCAGGUGGCCCUGACCUGCACUCAGAUCUGGUGGACCACAGAGGUGGGCAUGGCAUUUGCCAGGCUGGAGGAAGGCUACGAGAAUGCCAUGAAGGACUAUUACAAGAAACAAGUGGCCCAGCUCAAAACCCUCAUCACCAUGCUGAUUGGCCAGCUCUCCAGCGGGGACCGGCAGAAGGUCAUGACCAUAUGCACCAUCGAUGUCCAUGCCCGGGACGUGGUGGCCAAGAUGAUCGCUCAGAAGGUGGACAACGCCCAGGCUUUCCUCUGGCUGUCCCAGCUGCGGCAUCGCUGGGAUGACGAGGCCAAACACUGCUUUGCCAACAUCUGUGAUGCCCAGUUUCUGUACUCCUAUGAGUACCUGGGAAAUACACCUCGCCUGGUGAUCACGCCUUUGACAGACAGGUGCUACAUCACCCUCACCCAGUCUCUGCACCUGACCAUGAGCGGGGCUCCAGCAGGACCUGCAGGCACAGGCAAGACAGAGACCACCAAGGACCUGGGCCGCGCACUAGGCAUCAUGGUCUACGUGUUUAACUGCUCCGAGCAGAUGGGCUACAAGUCUUGCGGCAACAUCUACAAGGGCCUUGCUCAGACCGGUGCCUGGGGCUGUUUUGAUGAGUUUAAUCGAAUCUCCGUGGAGGUCUUGUCAGUGGUGGCUGUGCAGGUAAAAAGCAUUCAAGAUGCAAUUCGAGAUAAGAAGCAGCGGUUCAGCUUCCUUGGAGAGGAGAUUAGCCUGAACCCUUCUGUGGGCAUCUUCAUCACCAUGAACCCAGGCUACGCCGGCCGCACGGAGCUGCCGGAAAACCUCAAGGCUCUGUUCAGGCCUUGCGCGAUGGUCGUUCCAGACUUUGAGUUGAUCUGUGAAAUCAUGCUUGUGGCAGAAGGAUUCAUUGAAGCACGGUUACUAGCCAGGAAGUUCAUCACCCUUUACGAGUUGUGCAAAGAGCUUCUCUCCAAACAGGAUCACUAUGACUGGGGCCUGAGGGCCAUCAAGUCUGUGCUGGUGGUGGCGGGAUCCCUGAAGCGAGGAGAUCCUGACCGGCCCGAGGACCAGGUCCUGAUGCGCUCCCUGCGAGACUUCAACGUCCCCAAGAUUGUGACAGAUGACAUGCCCGUGUUCAUGGGCCUGAUCGGGGACCUGUUUCCUGCCCUGAAUGUCCCUCGGAGGAGAGACCUCGACUUCGAAGCUUUGGUUAGGAAGGCUGUGGUGGAGCUGGAGCUCCAGGCUGAGGACAACUUUGUGCUCAAGGUGGUCCAGCUGGAGGAGCUUCUGGCUGUGCGGCACUCCGUGUUCGUGGUGGGCAGCGCGGGAACUGGCAAGUCGCAGGUGCUGAGGUCCUUGCACAAGACCUACCAGAUCAUGAAACGCCGCCCCGUCUGGACUGACCUCAACCCCAAAGCAGUCACCAACGAUGAACUCUUUGGCAUCAUCAAUCCGGCCACACGAGAGUGGAAGGAUGGAUUGUUCUCCUCCGUCAUGAGGGAGCUUUCCAUCAUCACCCAUGAUGGGCCCAAGUGGAUUCUACUGGAUGGCGACAUAGAUCCAAUGUGGAUCGAGUCUCUGAACACUGUCAUGGAUGAUAACAAGGUGCUGACCCUGGCGAGCAACGAGAGGAUCCCUCUGAAUCCCACAAUGAGGCUCCUCUUUGAGAUCAGCCACCUGCGCAUGGCCACGCCAGCCACUGUCUCCAGAGCAGGGAUCCUGUACAUCAGCCCUGCAGACCUGGGGUGGAACCCUCCUGUGAGCAGCUGGAUCGACAAGAGGGAGAUCCAGACAGAGAGAGCCAACCUAACCUUUCUGUUUGACAAGUAUCUUCCAGCCUGCUUAGACACACUCAGAACCAGAUUUAAGAAGAUAAUUCCAAUCCCAGAGCAGAGCAUGGUUCAGAUGCUGUGCCACCUCCUCGAGUGUCUGCUGACCGAUGAGGACAUCCCUGCAGACUGCCCCAAGGAAACCUACGAGCUUUAUUUUGUGUUUGCUGCCAUCUGGGCUUUUGGCGGAGCAAUGGUCCAAGAUCAGCUCAUGGACGACCGGGAAGAGUUCAGCAAAUGGUGGCUGACCGAGUUCAAAACCGUCAAGUUUCCCUCCCAAGGAACCAUCUUUGACUAUUACAUAGACCCAGAGACCAAGAAAUUCGAGCCUUGGUCCAAGCUCAUCCCCCAGUUUGAAUUUGACCCUGAGAUGCCUUUGCAGGCCUGCUUGGUGCACACGAGCGAGACCAUCCGAGUGUGCUACUUCCUGGAGCGGCUCCUGGCUCGGCGGCGUCCGGUCAUGCUGGUAGGGACUGCGGGCACCGGCAAGUCGGUGCUGGUGGGAGCGACGCUGGCCAGCCUGGACGCCGAGGAAUACCUGGUGAAAAACGUGCCGUUCAACUACUACACCACGUCGGCGAUGCUGCAGGCUGUCCUGGAGAAGCCUCUGGAGAAGAAAGCGGGCAGAAAUUACGGCCCCGCGGGCAACAAGAAGCUUAUCUAUUUCAUAGAUGACAUGAACAUGCCUGAGGUGGACGCCUACGGGACUGCACAGCCCCACGCCAUCAUCAGGCAGCACCUGGAUUACGGCCACUGGUAUGAUCGAAACAAACUGUCCCUAAAGGAAGUCAUGAAUGUCCAGUACAUUUCCUGUAUGAACCCCACCGCGGGCAGCUUCACCAUCAACCCACGGCUUCAGCGUCACUUCAGCGUGUUCGCCGUCUCCUUCCCGGGAGCAGACGCCCUGUCCUCCAUCUACUGCACCAUCCUGACUCAGCACCUGAAGCUUGGGAACUUCCCGGCACCACUGCAGAAAUGCGUCCCCCAGCUGACCCGUCUGGCCCUUACCUUCCACCAGAAGAUCGCCACCACGUUCCUCCCCACAGCAAUCAGAUUCCAUUACAUCUUCAACCUCAGGGACUUGGCCAACAUUUUCCAGGGCAUUCUCUUCUCCUCUGUGGAAUGUGUAAAAUCCACACAGGACCUAGUAAAGCUCUAUCUGCAUGAAUCAAAUCGGGUUUAUCGGGAUAAGAUGGUGGAAGAGAAGGAUCUUGAUCUUUUUGAUAAGAUCCAAGCAGAAGUGAUCAAGAAAAUUUUUGAUGAUCUCGAAGAGACAGUGGAACAGACCCAAAGCCUGAACAUGUAUUGCCAUUUUGCAAAUGGUAUCGGGGAGCCCAAGUACAUGGCGGUACAAUCAUGGGAACUUUUGACCCAGACUCUGGUGGAGGCCCUGGAGAACCACAACGAAGUCAACGCAGUGAUGGACCUGGUUCUCUUCGAGGACGCGAUACGCCAUGUCUGCCACAUCAAUCGCAUCUUGGAGUGCCCGCGGGGAAACGCUCUGCUGGUCGGCGUAGGGGGCAGCGGCAAGCAGAGUCUGACAAGGCUCGCGGCUUUCAUCAGCUGCAUGGAUGUAUUCCAGAUCACGCUGCGGAGAGGCUACCAGAUUCCUGACUUCAAGGCGGACCUGGCCAGCUUGUGCCUGAAAGCCGGGGUAAAGAAUCUCAGCACCGUGUUUCUCAUGACAGAUGCCCAAGUAGCGGAUGAGAAGUUCCUUGUGCUCAUUAAUGACCUCUUGGCAUCGGGAGAGAUCCCAGAUCUCUACUCUGAUGAUGAGGUUGAAAACAUCAUAAGCAAUGUGAGGAACGAAGUCAAGAGCCAAGGUCUUGUUGACAACAGAGAGAACUGCUGGAAGUUCUUUAUAGAGCGGGUCCGACGACAACUGAAGGUGACUCUCUGUUUCUCCCCGGUGGGGACCAAGCUGAGAGUCCGCAGCAGGAAGUUCCCCGCCAUCGUGAACUGCACAGCCAUCGACUGGUUCCAUGAGUGGCCUCAGCAAGCCCUGGAGUCCGUCAGCUUCCGCUUCCUGCAGAACACGGAGGACAUUGAGCCCACAGUCAAGCCAUCGAUUAGCAAGUUCAUGGCUUUUGUCCACACAAGUGUCAGCCACACCUCCCAGUCCUAUCUGAGCAAUGAGCAGCGCUACAACUACACAACCCCCAAAUCAUUCCUGGAGUUCAUCAGACUCUACCAGAGCCUGCUGUGCAGGAACGGAAGGGAGCUCAAGUGCAAGAUGGAGCGACUGGAGAACGGGCUGCUGAAGCUCCGCAGCACCUCCGCCCAGGUGGACGAUCUGAAAGCCAAGCUGGCUGCCCAGGAAGUGGAACGGAAACAGAAGAAUGAAGAUGCAGACAAGCUGAUUCAGGCAGUGGGCACAGAGACAGACAAGGUGAGCAGAGAGAAAGCCGUCGCAGACGAAGAGGAGGAGAAGGUGGCCCUCAUCACGCUCGAGGUGACACAGAAGCAGAAGGACUGUGCGGGAGACCUGGCCAAGGCAGAGCCGGCGCUCACGGCCGCCCAGGCAGCCCUCAACACCCUCAACAAGACCAACCUGACGGAGCUGAAGUCUUUCGGUUCCCCGCCGCCGGCCGUCAGCAACGUCAGCGCAGCCGUGAUGGCUCUCGUGGCCCCCGGGGGCAAGGUGCCCAAGGACCGCAGCUGGAAGGCCGCCAAGGUCACCAUGGCCAAGGUGGACGGCUUCCUGGACUCCCUCAUCCACUUUGACAAGGAGAACAUUCAUGAGAACUGCCUCAAGGCCAUCAAGCCGUAUCUGCAUGACCCCGAGUUCAAUCCCGAGUUUGUGGCCACCAAGUCCUACGCAGCUGCCGGCCUCUGCUCUUGGGUCAUAAACAUUGUGAGGUUCUACGAGGUGUUCUGUGACGUGGAACCCAAGCGCCAAGCACUGAGCAAGGCCACCUCGGACCUUGCUGCCGCCCAGGAGAAGCUGGCUGCUGUUAAAGCCAAGAUCGCUCACCUUAAUGAAAACCUGGCCAAACUCACGGCCAAGUUUGAGAAAGCAACAGCGGACAAACUCAGAUGUCAGCAAGAAGCUGAAGCGACUGCAGGCACCAUCUCCCUUGCAAACCGCCUGGUGGGAGGACUGGCCUCUGAAAGCGUGAGGUGGACAGAAGCUGUGCAGAACUUCAAACAACAGGAAAGGAAAUUAUGUGGAGACAUUUUACUUACGGCGGCUUUCAUUUCGUACCUGGGCUUCUUUACAAAGAAAUACCGGCGGAGCCUCAUGGACGGGACCUGGAGACCCUACCUGAGCCAGCUGCAGGUUCCCAUCCCAGUGACCCCCAACCUAGAUCCCCUGAGGAUGCUGACGGAUGAUGCCGACGUGGCUGCCUGGCAGAACGAGGGCCUGCCUGCAGACCGCAUGUCCACGGAGAAUGCCACCAUCCUCCUCAGCUGCGAGCGCUGGCCACUCAUGGUGGACCCUCAGCUACAAGGCAUCAAAUGGAUCAAGAACAAGUACGGCGAGGGCCUCCGGGUGCAGGAGGCCCAGGUGACGGAGGUGAAAAUCAACAAGGCCCGGGAACACUAUCGACCGGCAGCUGCCCGGGCCUCUCUGCUCUACUUCAUCAUGAAUGACCUCGGCAGGAUCCACCCGAUGUACCAGUUUUCUCUCAAGGCCUUCAACAUCGUCUUCCAGAAGGCUGUGGAGAAGGCUGCUCCUGAUGAGAGCCUCAAGGAACGGGUGGCCAAUCUAAUAGACAGCAUCACCUUCUCUAUGUACCAGUACACCACCCGUGGGCUCUUUGAGUGUGAUAAGCUGACCUACCUUUCCCAGCUCACCUUUCAGAUUCUCCUCCUGAACCAGGAAGUCAGUGCAGCAGAGUUGGACUUCCUGCUUCGAUCUCCAGUGCAGACAGGCGUCACCAGUCCCGUGGAGUUCCUCUCGCAUCAGGCCUGGGGUGGCAUCAAGGCACUUUCAUCAAUGGAAGAAUUCUAUAAUCUGGAUCGGGACAUUGAGGGAUCCGCCAAGGGCUGGAAAAAGUUUGUCGAAUCAGAAUGUCCUGAGAAGGAGAAGUUCCCCCACGAGUGGAAGCACAAGACAGGCCUGCAGCGCCUCUGCAUGAUGAGAGCCAUGCGGCCCGACCGGAUGACCUAUGCCAUGAGAGAUUUUAUUGAGGAGAAGUUAGGAAGCAAAUACAUGGUGGGAAGAGCCCUGGACUUUGCAGCCUCUUUUGAAGAAUUGGGACCAGCCACUCCCAUGUUUUUUAUCCUGUCUCCAGGGGUGGACCCACUGAAGGAUGUGGAAAAUCAAGGUAGAAAACUCGGAUAUACCUUCAACAACCGGAACUUUCACAACGUGUCUUUGGGCCAAGGACAGCAGGUGGUGGCCGAGGCUGUGCUGGACCUGGCUGCCGAGAAAGGCCACUGGGUUGUUUUGCAGAACAUCCACCUGGUGGCCAAGUGGCUCCGUACCCUGGAGAAGAAGCUGGAGGAGCACAGUGAGAAGAGCCACCCAGAGUUCAGGGUCUUCAUCAGUGCGGAGCCUGCGCCCUCCACUGAGGGCCACGUCAUCCCCCAGGGCAUCCUGGAGAACUCCGUUAAGAUCACCAACGAGCCUCCCACGGGCAUGCACGCCAACCUGCACAAGGCCCUGGACAACUUCACUCAGGACACCCUGGAGCUGUGUUCCCGGGAGACAGAGUUUAAGAGCAUCCUCUUUGCGCUUUGUUACUUUCACGCCGUGGUGGCAGAAAGAAGAAAGUUUGGGCCCCAGGGGUGGAAUCGCUCCUACCCCUUCAGCACUGGGGACCUCACCAUCUCUGUGAACGUGCUCUACAACUUCCUGGAGGCCAACGUGAAGGUCCCCUAUGAUGACUUGCGCUACCUCUUUGGUGAGAUCAUGUACGGAGGCCAUAUCACUGAUGAGUGGGACAGGAGACUCUGCAGGACCUACCUGGAGGAGUUCAUCAAACCAGAAAUGCUGGAAGGAGAGCUGUCCCUGGCGCCAGGCUUCCCCCUCCCAGGCAACAUGGACUACAGUGCUUACCACCAGUACAUCGACGCCGAGCUGCCCCCAGAGUCGCCGCAUCUCUACGGCCUCCACCCGAACGCGGAGAUCGGCUUCCUGACCCAGACUUCGGAGAAGCUCUUUCGCACGGUGCUGGAGCUGCAGCCCCGGGACAGCCAGGCCGGAGAUGGAGCGGGGGCCGCAAGGGAAGAAAAGGUCAAGGCCGUCCUGGAAGAGCUGUUGGAGCGGGUGACAGAUGAGUUUAACAUCCCAGAGCUGACGGCCAAGGCGGAGGAGCGCACCCCCUACAUGGUCGUGGUGCUCCAGGAGUGCGAACGGAUGAACGUCCUCACCCGGGAGAUUCAGCGCUCCCUGCGAGAGCUAGACCUCGGAUUAAAGGGGGAGCUGACCAUGACCAGCGACAUGGAGAACUUACAGAACGCUCUGUACCUAGACACAGUGCCGGAGCCCUGGGCCAGGCGCGCCUACCCUUCCAUGGCAGGCCUGGCAGCCUGGUUUUUGGACCUGCUCAACCGAAUCAAGGAGUUGGAGGCCUGGACAGGCGACUUUAUGAUGCCCUCCACUGUGUGGUUGACGGGCUUCUUCAACCCGCAGUCCUUCCUGACCGCCAUCAUGCAGUCCACGGCCCGCAAGAAUGAGUGGCCCCUGGACCAGACGGCCUUGCAAUGUGACGUGACAAAGAAGAACAGAGAGGAAUUCAGGAGCCCCCCUCGGGAAGGGGCCUACAUCCAUGGCCUCUUCAUGGAAGGCGCUCGCUGGGAUGUACAGGCUGGGAUCAUCACCGAGGGAAAGCUGAUGGAGCUGACACCCCCCAUGCCGGUGUUGCUCCUCAAGGCCAUCCCCGCAGAUAAGCAGGAUUGCCGCAGAAUCUACCCCUGUCCUGUGUACAAGACUCGUCAGCGAGGACCCACCUACGUGUGGACUUUCCACCUGAAGACGAAGGAAAAGCCUUCCAAGUGGGUUCUGGCCGGAGUAGCCUUGCUUCUCCAGGUGUAGCUUCCUGCAGACCCACUGAGGAGACAGAGCUGGGCUGGAGGCUGCCCGGAGGGACCAGUGGAGAGGGCCGACCCCAGCCCUAGGGAAAGAUAAGAAACCGAAAGCACUCACAGUUCUGAAGAAUUCCCUUGGGGGACUCGGAGAGAAGGACCUGAAGUGAGGCAGAGCUAGAGGAGCGUGGACCUGGGAACUAGGGGAGAAGAGUCUCGUAACACUGACCCUUUCCUAAUAAAGUGAUUUGUUCUUCAACUGUGUCUGGUCCAGGCUUUGAGCGUUGCAGAGUCAUAAGUUAUCAUGAAGAGCCCAAGAGAAACGAGCCACAGGCACUUGAGCCCUGACGUCAUUACACAGCCCUACACCCAGCACCCUAGUUCCCAGCUAGUCCGUGGCCCAGCGGCACCGGCAUUGCCCACGAACCAGAGUCUGCAUUUUAACAAGCUCCCCAGGUGAUCUGUAUGCACUUUAUGGCUUGAGGAACGUUACUCUGGAUCAGGGGGCCACCAAACUUUUUCUGUUAGGGGUCAGAUAGUAAAUAUUUUAGGCUUCACGGGGCAUAUUGCUUCUGUUGCAACU